CUUAGGGCGCAGGCUAAUUGAAUAAGGGUGGCGGUGUCAAGAAUAUUGUGGCGGUGUCAAGAAUAUGCGGCGGUGCGAAGAAUAAGUGGGUUUAGCGCGUGGCGGUGUCAAGAAUUGCCCGUGGCGGUGUCAAACAUCGACCCACUUUAAGGUAUGUUUGGCAAGAAUAUCGGUUACACAAAUUCGUGUAACCGGUAUUCUUGCCAAGAAUAGCCACGUAUUGUAUACAAGUGCUCUUAAUGCCCCAAAGACAAGCGAUGGUACCCUUGACGCUCAAGGACGGCACGCACAUCCCGGCCGGUACGAGAGUAUCGUUUGCGAACUAUCAGCAUCAGAAUGACCCUUCAGUAACGCCUGACCCGGGGCUGUUCGACCCGUUAAGAUGUUAUCGAAAGCGCCACUCGACUGCGGAGCUGAAGAACAAGUUCCAGGCGGUGCAGCUGGACCCCGACAUCAACCCAUUCGGCCAUGGAACCCAGGCUUGUCCUGGAAGGUAUUUCGCCGUAGCGGAGAUCAAAUUUAUCAUGGCACGCCUGUUGCGGGACUACGAAUUUAAGUUUUUGGAGACUCAGGGGAAGCCGAAAUGGAUACAUGCUGACGAGAACCUCGUGAAUGACCCUGGUGCUAAGAUGAUGAUGAGGAAGAGAAAGUGAGGGGAACAAGGGAGAAUGGGGGAAUGACGUAAUUUCCCUUAAGACAAUGUAUCCUGAGAAGAGGUUAUCAUUUGUAAAGAUUUCUCAGAAUACUUACCUAGAUAAUCUUGUGAUCAAUCUGAUACCUACCUAGACAUAAGGGCGUCAAUCCUGUUCAACGUUGGUCCAGGGCAGAGGGUUGACAAU